CUCGGCAGUUGGGUCUCCGCCCGAUCGUCGACCUCGCGGGCGAUUACCUCGGCCAGUCUGGGCUGACCGAAGACGACGCGUUCAGUAGACUCGAUCGCUUUUGGGCAGGACUGUACUACGUACUCUCAUGUCGCCCGAGUCGGUACAGGUACACGGCAUAUGGCUUCCCGGUUCCAGGUGCCCUGGUGAGCUCGAGGCGGUCCGACGUGAUGCGUGCCGCUGGUCUUCCAUCUCGCACCGUUGAGGUGCCCGUGCCUUCAGCUCGGUCAGGUCUUGAUGCGCUGCCGGGCUCUCGCUCGCCCGGCUCUGCUCCCGGGUGCGGGUGCCUUCUGCUCAGGGGCGCGCCUCUGCAGGCAGCCUUGUCGGAUCCCCACCGGCUUUACCCGCCGAGCCCCGCGGAGUGGCAAGGCAUAUAGCCGACCAUGCCCUCCGCGCCACGGGCGGCCGUCGAGCCCCGGGAGGACCAGCACGACGACCGGUCCUGGGACGUCACGCACGGCCCGCGGAAGGAAACGGCGCUGGAGCGAUUCUCCAUGGUCUUGCCCGCGGUCACCCGCGUGGCCACCAACGUCGUCGGCGGUGCGCUGGUCGGAGGCGGCUAUGCGAUGGGCAAGGUCGGGGAGCGGUUCACCGGAUGCAAGGCCGUGGACUCGGCCUCGUUCCGCAGCGGGGUGCAGAGCUGGAUGUGGUCCAACGGCAUCGUGCCGAGCGUUGUGUACGAGCCCCUCGGUGAGGCCGGCGCGAGGGCGGCCAGCUGGUACGGCACCGAGGCCGCAGGCGCGGAGGACGUGCGCCAGGCGCCCCUGCUUGUCUCCAACCACACGUCCUACCUGGACGGCCUUGUCCUCGCCGCGUGCCUGGGCUUCCCACGCGUGGUGGCCAUGGCCGGCACCCGGAAGGUCCCGAUCGUCGGCAGGCUGAUGGAGGACAGACAUGGACUGCGUCUUCGUGGACCGGUCCAGCAGCGACUCGCGCCAGGCCACGCUCGAGGCCAUCGGGCAGCACUGCGCCUCGUGGGCUCCGGGCGGGCGCCCGAUGCUGAUCUUCCCGGAGGGCACCACCAGCAACGGGCAGGGCAUCCUGCCCUUCCGCCGCGGCGCCUUCGCGGCGGGCGCGCCGGUGAGGCCCGUGCUCUUGGUCUACACGGGGCAGUGGGAUCCCGCGAGCACGACCUGGAGGGCCACCGAGAACGGCCUGAAGGACCCAGCUCUCGGACGCGGAGUGGGCCGCGCAGUUUGCGGGCACCUGGGUGCACUCGGUGCACGUCCGCGUGCUCGCGCCCUACGUGCCGAGCCUCGAGGAGCAGCGCGACCCGGCGCUGUACGCCCAGAAUUGCCACGCGCACAUGGCCACCGCCCUGGCCCGCGUUCGCCUCGAGGUGCAGGUUCGAGGAACCCGCGCGGAGCUGCCCCAGAAGCUCAUGCGCAUGCCGUGUCCUCCUCUUCGACUGGAGCCCUCUGCCCGCGGACGACUUCUGCGCACCGAUAACCGCCGUGGCCUCACCCGAGGCAUAUAGUCGAUGCCCGCGCCGCGAGCGGUGUGGUGCACGGCGUGCCGGCCUCCGGAGUGCCGUUCUCGUGCUCCGGGGCUGGCUGGAGAAGCUGGGGCCACCUUGGUCCCGGGGGCACCUCCUGGCGGCACCCCGGCAGGAGGGCUCGUGGAAGGCUGCCGCCGGGCGCGCGGACGGCGGCCUGGGCUACAAGUUCGGGGACGUCGCGCGCACGCUCGCGAGGGCGACGAAGCAGGGGUGCUGCCAGCCCGGCAAGAGGCAGCGGAGGGCGGAGCACGAGGUGCAGGUGCAGGGCUGACUGCCGGGGGAGGCGCCAAGACAUUCUGGCCGUGAGCGGUGGCAGCAUUUUCUUGGCGGUGCAACGGCGCUCGGGUGGAAGCGCGGGAUGGCGGAUCACUAAAAUGUGUUAGCAGUGUUCCCCCUUCAGAUUUCAUUGCAGCGGUUUCUGCGCUGUGCGCAUAAGGCGCACGCGUGGAUGGGCUCAUUAUUUACGCCCACGGCGAACAGUACUUGCAAUACAACGAACAGAAUGCGGAGUGGUUGUGCGCGCCAGACAGUGCGUUGCAAUGCCACGACCUUGACUUCUUCUUGCCGAAGGGGUAAGUGGCCUGUCGAAACAAAGCAUCCUCGCUCCCGUCGGGACUCGAUCCCUGAGCAGUUGUGUAUGCAUGCGCUCGGAGCUUGCAGAUAGCCUCCAGUAAGGACGAGGUGUGUCGCCCAG